ACCACAAAACACACAAAGAAACUUCACGUGCAUUCCUAUAAUACCAAUUGUAUUCUUUGUCUAGCCAAAGACCAAAAAAAAAGUUUUUAAUCCUUUCAAAGGCUCUUAUCCAUUAAUUUCUUGUUUAAUUUAGUACCAUAUGGAAAAGGCAAAGAAAGUUGUUGGUUCAUCUUCUUCUUCUUCAUCUUUCACCAAUGAGUUAUUUGGUCCUAAAGAGCCCUCAAACUCAACUCUCUUUGCUUCUGUUUUUGGUUCACCUUCCACGGGACUUAGAAGGGAUCCCAUUCACUCAGGAGAUGGAAAUUCAUCAGGAAUCCAAGAUCCAGGGAACCAGUAUGGCAAUAAUACAAAAUUUGGAACUCCAGAUAAUGGAUCUAAAAGAAGUCAAAAUGAAAAAGUUGAAGCUCCAUGUAAUUUAAGCUCAUCCAUUUACUAUGGUGGCCAAGAUGUUUAUCCUCCAACUAACCAGAACACUGCCUCCCAUAAUAAUAAUGUAAAGAAAGAUGGAGAUGGUUCAAACUCUGCUUCAAGAGGAAAUUGGUGGCAGGGAUCACUAUAUUACUGAAAAAAGAGGUGGAGAGGAGUAUGUAGUAGAUCAUAUUACAAAUAUAUAGCAACUCAUUUCAAUCCAUUUCUUUUAUGUUUUCCUUUUUUUUUUUUCUUUUUAGUUUGUAUAUGUAUAAUAUGAUUUCCUAUAUAUUUGCAGUUGAAUUAGUCUUCUUGUGUUUAUC